UGACACCGUCAGAGGAGGGGAGGCAGGCGGGAGGGCGGGCUUUGCCUGUCGGCGCGGAGAAUGGAGUAAGGGAGAGACGUAAGGAGGGAGGUGCGCGGACGGGACUCGAGGGCUGGACGGCGGAGAGCGAGCCAGCGAGCAGGCAGCGGCGCUUCGCCGAGGGAGGCAGCUCGACGGAGGGAUCGAGAGGAGGAAGAGAAAGAAUGCCCUAGGGACGGACGGCGGGACCGGGCUGCUCGCUUGCUUGCUGCUGCUGCUGCUGCUCCUUCCACGAGCGGAGCGGAGAGAGAGAGAGAGAGACACCCGGGCGCGCCUCCUGCCAUUGACAUCCUCGCCGCAGCGCCCUGACGGAGCUUGUCAAUGGAGCUGGAAAACAUCGUGGCCAACACGGUCCUGCUCAAAGCCCGCGAAGGGGGUGGAGGAAAGCGCAAAGGGAAAAGCAAAAAGUGGAAGGAAAUUCUGAAGUUUCCACAUAUUAGUCAGUGUGAUGAUCUUCGAAGAACAAUAGAGAGAGAUUACUACAGUUUAUGUGACAAGCAGCCAAUAGGAAGACUUCUCUUUCGGCAGUUCUGUGAGACUCGCCCGGAGCUUGAGUGCUGUAUUAGAUUUCUUGACUCGGUGGCAGAAUAUGAAGUUACUCCGGAUGAAAAACUAGGAGAGAAAGGCAAAGAAAUUGUGAUGAAAUACCUCAUCCCAGAGUCUCCAGUUUAUGUAGCAGAAGUCAGUCAAGAUCUUGUCCAGCAGACAGAAGAAAAACUUGAAAACAGUCCCUGUAAAGAGCUAUUCUCACCUUGUGUGAAAUCUGUUCAAGACUACCUAAGUGGAGAACCUUUUCGAGAAUAUUCAGCCAGCAUGUACUUUGAUAGAUUUCUCCAGUGGAAAUGGCUGGAAAGACAACCAGUAACGAAAAACACAUUUAGGCAGUACAGGGUAUUAGGAAAAGGUGGAUUCGGAGAGGUAUGUGCUUGCCAAGUACGAGCAACUGGGAAAAUGUAUGCAUGCAAAAGAUUAGAGAAAAAAAGGAUAAAGAAGAGGAAAGGUGAAUCCAUGGCCCUAAAUGAAAAGCAGAUUCUAGAAAAAGUCAAUAGUCAAUUUGUAGUCAACUUAGCCUAUGCCUAUGAAACAAAGGACGCACUCUGUUUAGUUCUAACCAUAAUGAAUGGGGGUGACCUGAAGUUCCACAUCUAUAAUAUGGGGAACCCAGGCUUUGAGGAAGAAAGAGCCUUGUUUCAUGCAGCAGAGAUUCUUUGUGGCUUAGAAGACCUGCACAGAGAGAACACUGUGUACAGGGAUUUGAAGCCAGAAAAUAUCCUGUUAGAUGAUUAUGGCCACAUCAGAAUAUCUGAUUUGGGUCUAGCUGUUAAAAUCCCUGAUGGUGAAUCAAUCCGUGGACGGGUAGGAACAGUCGGUUACAUGGCUCCAGAAGUCUUGAAUAACCAACGAUACACCCUCAGCCCUGACUACUGGGGGUUAGGCUGCCUGAUCUAUGAGAUGAUUGCAGGACAAUCUCCCUUUCGCGGAAGGAAAGAGAAGGUGAAGCGAGAAGAGGUAGACAGGAGAGUCUUGGAGACCGAGGAGGUGUAUUCCCAUAAAUUCUCUGAGGAGGCAAAGUCUAUCUGCAAAAUGCUACUGACCAAAGAUGUGAAGCAGAGACUGGGUUGUCAGGAGGAUGGUGCAGCCGAAGUAAAGAGGCACCCAUUUUUCAAGAGCAUGAAUUUCAAACGCUUAGAAGCAGGAAUGUUGGACCCUCCUUUUGUCCCUGACCCCAGAGCAGUGUACUGCAAAGACGUGUUGGACAUAGAACAGUUUUCAACUGUCAAGGGAGUGAACCUGGACCAAACAGAUGACGAUUUCUAUUCCAAGUUCUCCACAGGCUCUGUUUCUAUUCCAUGGCAAAACGAGAUGAUCGAAACGGAAUGUUUUAAAGAACUAAAUGUGUUUGGACCAAAUGGUACUAUCUCACCAGACCUUAACAAAAGCUACCCGCCGGAACCGCCGAAGAAAGGAUUGCUGCACAGAAUAUUUAAGCGUCAGCAUCAGAACAAUUCCAAGACUUCUCCAAACUCAAAGGCCAGUUUAAAUCACCAUAUCAAUUCCAACCAUCAACACUGCAGACUAGUGUCUUCCCCCUGUUUUGUUACAGGCCUUGCAUUUAAUGCAACCUCAAACAUACAGUCAAGAUCUGCCAUCUCUAAGGACGCUAAUACACUAUGUCUGGGGUUCAGAAUGUCAUGGGACCAAUGCUGUUGCUAUUUGCACUUUUUUGUAGUUAGAAUUCCCUUUUAUGUCUGUUGCUGAAAAGCCCCCCCCCCGCCCCCCCGCCGCCACGUAAAGUCCCUCCUCUCUCCCCUCCGCCACAAACCCACCACCCCAAGCCUGUUUCCAGUGUUUCUGUUAUUUUUGCAAGAUCAAGAAGAGCAAACAUACAUGAGCUCAGACACAGGAAACCACCUGCUCUCCACAUCAGAAACUCAACCUUUGCUGCUCAUGUCAAGAAGAUGCCAAGAAAAUGACUUGAUAUUAUCUCCAGGUGGAGUUUUGCACAGGCCAUUGAGAAAGGGUGCUGGAUUCAUGUUGGAUGUUGCAGUAAUAAACUUGUGACUCCCGAGUUCCUAUUGCACUGAUCUAUAUAGCUCUUGCUGGUUCCCGCCCUUGUAUACUGCAUACCAGGCACAAGAGCAGAAUCGGUAUGGUUGAUGCAGUCUACCUAUCAGCAAGUAUGCCCAGCUCUCUUCCUCUUCCAUACACAACCUUUUGUUUUGAAGUAAAGAGAGUCUCAAACCACGAAGCCUUGCUCAAAAUGGCAGCUUCCUCACAUGACAGUACAUCUUUUCUAUUCCAUGUCUAUUUUGCCAGGAACAUCAGAGACUUCAGAAUAUAACUUCA